CUCGUCAGUUAUCCCACUGCAGCUGCCGACUUGAACGCUUCUUACACGCUCCUUGUCCCGAAAGAAUUAUCAAGAUGACCAAAUCCUCUGCAUCCAUGUCUUUUUUAAUGAUUGCAAUGGUCUGUUGCUUCCUUAUGGCCACUACGGCCCAAGGGACAAUUAGUCCUUGGCUAAAUAGGCCCCAGCAAUUUAAUCGUUUCUUCCUGGCCCGUCCAUUGCCAUCUGAGAACAAUUUCCAACUUGAUAACGAUUAUAACGGUCGCCUUUUGGAGGAAAUACCAACGGAAAUGGUGAGCAACGGCCCAGAAGCUAGAGCGCCCGGUAGAUUCAAUAGACCCAGUGCCUAUUCCUCAUCAGGCGAUUCCAGCUCAUCUGGAGAAAGAACUUUUCAGACGUUCGCCAACCUUUUUGCUUCGAGGCAACUGUGUCCAGCCUGUCCCGGUUGCCCGUCAUGUCCCAGUUGUCCAGCGUGCCCUUCGCCAACAUGUCCGGUAUGCCAGGCGUGCCCUACGUGCCCAGUUGUCCCGGUGAUUCCAGCCCAAUCAAUUACUUUAUCCCCGGCCGUUGGAGAAUGUUUUGCCACUACCAUUUUGUCAACCGCUUCCGCGGCACCUUGUUCGCGUGUAUCGGCAGCUCCCAGAGGAACUAUUGACGUCACAUUUUCCGAUACGGGUAACUGGCAAACGGCUACCAUUGGAAUCGUCGCCGUCGCACCCAAUACUCAAAUCCAAUUGACUUGCACAGCCAUUCCGAUAGGCACUAGCGCGGUGGCAAAAACGCAAGUCGGUGCCAUAACAGCGAACGUCCCGAUAACAUCGAAUGGAUAUUUGCAAAUUUUUGCAACUGGUGCUGGCUCCCCAGCUACUGCAAUCAAGUUGACCUGCUCAUGGAUCUCGUCUUAGCUUCGUUUGGAUAAGACGUAAUUUUACACCAUCUGCAUUGCCUUGGUUUUGCCAUGAAUCAAUUGGAAGUGAGCCCUGCAUCUAAUUAUAUAUUUUCCAAGUCUUUGCGGUUUUAUUCUGUUUAAGUUAUAGUCUGGGAAUGCCAUCUGUGCUGUGCUUAUCUACAUUUUCUUGAGACUUUAGUGGUUGUCUGUUUCCUUUUAGAAUUAAAAUACACUGUACGCCGAAUA